AUGUCCGACUCGGACCUCUCAGACGCGCCGAGUUUCGAGGUCCCACCGGACUUUGAACUCGAGAACAGUCUUCGGCGCGAGUUCAACCGCGCGCACGAAAGAAAUGAGGAUCCUACACUACGCACCAUUCGUGCAGCCUCGGAAAAGAAGCUCCGUCUGCCAGAGGGCUUCUACAAAGGACAUACGACGUGGAACCAGAAGAGCAAGGAAAUUGUCCAUGAUCAGGCCGAGAACGAGAAAGAAGUUCCUAGCUCACCAGAGCUCAAGUCGAAGUCCAAGGCGAACGCGAAGGCCGCCCCUCCACCACGAAAACGCAAGUCCACCGAUCCACCUAGUCCAGCGCCGAAGAAACGCAAGACAGAGCCGGCAGAGUCCGACGACUCAGAUCGGGAGUCAUCGGCCCUGAGUGAUGCAGACUCCGAAGGCGUGUCUCGACAGAAAGCCAAAGCCAAGCCGAAUAAGCCCAAAGCAGCCAAGGUUACCAAGGCGAAGCCAGCGGCGUCUGCCAAAAAGAAUAGCAAGGCCGCCACUGUAUCAGACGACGAUGACAGCGACGAUCCCAGAGAGACGGCACCAAGCAACGACGAAUCCGAAAACGCCGAGUCAGACAGCGAGAUGUCGGUAGUGCUCGACGAAGAUCCUAAACCCAAGAGGAAGCCCAAGACCAAAAGUACCGCUCCGAAAGGCAAGUCCUCGAAGCCUGCCUGGAAACCCGCCAAGAGCAAAUCGACGACAGAAGACGAUCCUGAUCAAGCAGAGAUCAAACGGCUUCAAGGCUGGUUGGUCAAAUGUGGGGUCCGCAAGGUAUGGGGCGCAUACCUCAAGCCUUAUGAAACACCAAAGGCCAAGAUCAAGCAUCUCAAGGAAUUGCUUGCGGACGUAGGCAUGACUGGCCGCUAUUCCGUCGAGAAAGCGGCGUCCAUCAAGGAGGCCAGAGAGCUUGCUGAAGAUCUGUCAGCCGUCCAAGAGGGCGACCAGCGAUGGGGAACUGCUGGAAAGGCAUCCUCGGCGGAAGAUACCGCUGAUGAGAAACCCAAGUCCAAGGGCCGCUUGCAGCGCGGUAGAGCACAUUAUGAUUUUCUUAGUAGCGAUGGUGAGGAAACAAGCUGA